AUGGAGAAUGGUUUGUUUAGGCUUGUAAAAGAAAUGCGUGAUAUCCUUUAUGACCUACUUUCUUCUACCUUGUUCAGAGAAUAAUGGAGCACCACUCUAUUUUAGUGAGGCAGUAGUGUCUCAUUGGUCGACAGAAUAAAUUUUUGGUCAAUCUUUGCCUCUUGGUGAACCAUGGGGCAUGAUCAUCAGAAAAAAUAGGGUUUUUAAUAAGAAGGAUCGAUGAAGAAACGGCAAGUGGUGGUGAAGAAGGAUUACUCAUCAGGCAGAAGCUCGACUACAUCAUCUUCGGUGGUUAGAACUCGGUACGCAGAGUGUCAGAAAAAUCAUGCGGCAAAUAUUGGAGGGUAUGCGCUGGAUGGGUGCAGGGAGUUCAUGGCGAGUGGUGAGGAUGGCUCAAAUGCUGCCCUUUCAUGCGCCGCAUGCGGCUGCCACCGGAAUUUCCAUCGGAGGGAAGUGGAAACUGAGGUAGUUUGUGAGUAUUCUCCACCUAAUUCCCGUCGUUAAAUAGCCUAAAAUUGAGUGAAUAGAGAGAGAGUGUGUGUGAAGCUUUCUUGUGUGAAAUUACGGAUUGUUAAUGUCAUGAUCAUCGAUAUAUAAUAUAAUAGUUGUAAAUUUUCAUCAACA